UUAUUCAGAUAAUUUGAUUAUUUUUAUUCAUAUUACAUCAUAACUUUAAUAUUUAGCUUUACUAUUUUAGCUUUUUAUCCUUCAUAGUUAUGCGACAGGAAGGGUGUGUAAAGGUGUCAGUUUGGUGCUACUACCACAGUAGUACAUUUGAAAUAAUUUAUGCGGAUUUGUGUGAUUGUGUUUAGAUAAGUACUGAGCCUUUUCUCUUUCCCGAAGCAGAAUAAGUCUAUUAAACUUAAGUCUGCUUUUACAAGUCUAAAAGGAAUUUUCCCCGGCUGUCAUUUGGGGCAAAGUGGAUUUAAGUUGCUCAUGUUCCCUGGUGAUUAUUUCCUGGUAAUCUGACUCAAAACUAAACGUAAUGAAGGUAUUUUAAUUAUUAAAGCCUUUUAGGCGCACGUUGUGUGUACUUGUUGCCUAGAGACGGUCGCCACGGAUAACAAAGCCCGGAAAAACCAGCUCAGCUCAGAAGUUUCCAGAAUUCCGAGACAUAGAAAAAGAUCCAGUGAAUCUGGGCCUUGUUUCAGCAGAAAUAUGAUGCCUUCACUAAAUGCAAAGCCUGGCCUGCACCGCAGUGUGUCAGAGUGGACCAGCAACAAUCAGCAGCUGUCAGCUACAGCUCAACACGAACGACACAUUUCGAAUGUCAUCAGACAGGAAGGGAGGACACUACGCAACGAGACUAACUUUAAGACACGCUGGGAUGAGACUGAUACGUGUCGUAGGCUGAGUGACCGUGUUUGGGAUGUUGCUCGGUGGAAGGAAGUGUUGGAAACUUGUGCUCAGAAAGUGGAUGAAGAGAUGGAGACUCUGACACUGUCCAAAGAGAACACCGAGCAAACUUUGGCUGCCACUGCUGUUCCUCUGGAGGUCACCACUGAAUGCCUGACACUGAGGGAGGGACGGCAAGGGCACGAGCUGGUAACGGACCCCGUGGACGAACAGCUGAAGAAAGAGGUGGAGCUGAUUGAAAGAGUGCAGCAAGUUCUGCAGCAGCACACUAGCAGGGCCUUUGAGCAGCUAUGCAUUCUGCAGGAGGUGCGGCACCAGCUGACUGCUGAUCUCCAGAACAAGAUGGAUGCUCUGGAUAUUGACAUGUCCUGUCUGUCACUUACGAUAAAAUCGCCCCACAUCUCCUUAAAGACCAACCCGACUCGCAUACCAUCAGGCUCCUCCACCCCCCAGGAGUGGGUCCAGUUCAGCCAGCAUAAUGUGGCUCGUGCCCAUGAGGCGAUGCAGGUUUCCCAGCAAAUAAGGGAGGAUAUGAACCUCACCCGAGCACAGCUGCAGAAUGAGUUGGAGACUCAACGCAGAGCCACAGAGUUUGCUCUCCGCAAACGUAAUCACCAUGAAGAGCAGGCACGACAUGAGCUGGAGUGGCAAAUAAAAACUACUGAGGAGGAAAUGGCAGAAAUGGAAAGUGACAUCCACGGGCUGGAUGCAGAUCUGCAGGCGAAGACAGCCAACCUGAAGCUUGCUCACACCAGACUGGAGACCAGGACCAACAGGCCUAACAUGGACCUGUGCAGAGACGAGGUGCAGCACGGCCUCGUUAAUGAAGUCCAGCAACUGGAGGCCACGAUCGCAGCUCUGAAGCAGAAGCUCUCUGAAGCUCAGCACUCUCUGCAGAAAAUGAAGCUGCAUCACUCCCGCAUGCUGCAGGAUCUUUCCAGAAAACAGGAAGCUCUGUCUCUGGAACAACGAAGCCUGAACACCCACGCUCGCCUCACAUCAACCUCCAGCACCGACAAUAAAAACUCGGCGCUCAUGGUCCCGCUGGCAAACUCCAGUGGGAGGAGCAACCUGCAGCUGCUGGCUCAGUGAGAAGAUGGUCUGAAUGUUUUUGAGGGAAAAAAAUCGAAUAGUUAUUCUAAGUUUAAUUUGUUUAACCCUGCUGUCAUAAACAAGCAAUGGACACACAAAAA